AUGGAGGAUAAUGAUUGGGAUUUAAGUGCUGUAGUAAGGAGUUGUAAUAUUAUUAUUAAUAAGCCUACCAAUGUUACUGCUUCUGAAAAUGACUCGUAUACUUUUGAGAAAACAUUAGAUUUUUCAGUUGGUCGCGAGAAAAAAUCAAAUGAUCAGGUCGUAAUCACAAACCAAAACCAAGAGAUGUAUUUACAUCCAACUCAACCAAAUCAAUUUAGUGAAGAAAACAUUCUUCCUUCAUUACCAACAACAGUGACGACGGGUGUGCCAACAACGACUACAACUACAACACCACAAGAGUCGAUUUAUGUACAUCAACAACUUGAAAAAUCAAAUGACCAGGUUAUAAUUAUGAAUCAAAAUAAGAAUCCAAUGAUGUACUUAGAACCACAAUUUAGGCAACAAAUCUUUCUUCCCCCCUUACCAACAACAACAACACCAGAAGAAUCAGUAAAUCAGCAACAACUUGUGGUACAUGAUCAAGUUUAUCCUAACAUCACUAUGCCCGUGCAGAAUUCUAUGAUCAGAACCUUUAAAAGAAGAGAUCAGUCACCAAGAGUUUUCAAUGAAGUGUUGCAAGAGGAACUCACAGAUGAUAAAUGGGCGUGGCAAAAGUAUGGUCAGAAGUCAAUCAAAGGUUCUCCAUUUCCAAGGAACUACUUUAAAUGCAGUGCAUCAAACUGCAAAGCAACAAAAAUAAUUGAGAAAAGCCCAAAGAAUGAGAAGUAUUUUUUGGUGUCCUAUUCUGAUGUACACAACCAUGAUCCUCCUCCAUCUCGUAGGUCUCUUGCUUUAUACAACAAUAUUUCCAAACGCAGACUUCCAAAAAGUAUAAAUAUUGUGCCAAAGGCGUUAAAAUUGAACGCAUCAUCGUCAUCGUCAUCGUCAUCGUCAUCGUCCAAACGUGCUAAGCGUGUCAAAGUUGAUGCCUCUUCAACUGCACCUAAACCUGAAAUUAAGAAAAAUAAUGAAAUGGUUGAUGAUGUUGUGGAGAACAAAGGUGAUAUAAUUGAAGAGGAGGAGAUUACAUAUGACAAAAUUUUCAUGGAUUUUGAAAACUCCAACAAGUUAUACAUCUAG